CUUCCGGGUGCGCCUUGCGGCAGCUUCAGCUCUGUAACGGAGCCGGCUUGAAAAGUUCUGUUUGUUUUUCUCUGAGCGCUGCUGCUGGAUGCUGUGAGGGAAGCUCUGGCAAGUUCCUCAUUCGCGACAUGAAUGGAAUGACCUAUGAUGAUGUGCAUGUAAACUUCACUGGAGAAGAGUGGGCUUUGCUGGAUCCUUCCCAGAAGAAGCUCUACAAGGAUGUGAUGCUGGAAACCUACAGAAACCUCACUGCUAUAGGUUACAGUUGGGAAAACUGUAAUAUUGAAGAACACUUUCAACAUUCUAGAAGACAUGGAAGGCAUGAAAGAAGUCCUACUGGAGAAAAACCUUCUGUGUAUACUCAAUGUGAUAAAGCAUUUGCACAUCACAGUAAUCCUCAAAAACGUCACCCAAUUCAUACUGCAGAGAAACCUUAUAAAGGCAUUCAACGUGGUAAAGCCUUUGGACAUCACAAUCAUUUUCCAAGACAUGAAAGAAUUCAUGCUGGAGAGAAACCUUAUGAAUGUAAUCAGUGUGGUAAAGCCUUUGCCCAUCGUAGUUAUCUCCGAAAGCAUAGAAGAAUUCAUAGUGGAGAGAAACCCCAUGAAUGUAAUCAAUGUGGUAAAGCCUUUGCAUGUCACAGUAAUCUCCGAAUACAUAAAAGAACACAUACUGGAGAGAAACCCUAUGAAUGUAACCAAUGUGGUCAAGCCUUUGCAUGUCAAGGUAACCUCCGAUUACAUGAAAGAACACAUACUGGAGAGAAACCUUAUGAAUGUAAUCAGUGUGGUCAAGCCUUUGCAUCUCACAGUCAUCUCCAAAUACAUAAAAGAACACAUACCGGAGAGAAGCCCUACAAAUGUAAUCAGUGUGAUAAAGCCUUUUCACAAGGCAGUUCCCUACAAAUACAUAAAAGAACACAUACUAGAGAGAAACCCUAUGAAUGUAAUCAAUGUGGUAAAGCCUAUAUAUGUCAUAGUAGUCUCCGAAUACAUAAAAGAACACAUACUGGAGAGAAGCCCUAUGAAUGUAAUCAAUGUGGUAAAGCCUUUGCAAGUCACAGUACUCUCCGAAUACAUAAAAGGACACACACUGCAGAGAAACCCUAUGAGUGUAAUCAAUGUGGUAAAGCCUUUACACGGCAUAAUAGUCUCCAAAUACAUAAAAGAACACAUACUGGAGAGAAACCCUACAAAUGUGAUCAAUGUGAUAAAGCCUUUUCACAACAAGGUCAUCUCAGAAUACAUAAAAGAACACAUACUGGAGAGAAACCUUAUGAAUGUAAACAGUGUCAUAAAACCUUUGCGCGUCAAAGUCAUCUUCAGAUUCAUGAAAGAAUUCAUACUGGAGAGAAACCUUACAGAUGUAAUCAAUGUGAUAGAGCCUUUGCACAGUAUGGUAGUCUUCAAGUACAUAAAAGUACACAUACUGCUGAGAAACCCUAUAUGUGUAAUGAAUGUGGAAAAGCUUUUUCACAACACAGUUAUCUCCGAAUACAUAAAAGAACACAUACUAGAGAGAAACCCUGUAAAUAAGCAAUGUGGUAAAGCCUUUGUGUGUAGCAGAAGUCUUUAAAAUCAAGAGCAAAAUAAUAAUGCAGAGAAAAGACACACACACACAAAUACAGUUAGGGUGGUAAAGUUGCACUUCAUGACAUUAUUAUACAAGAGUAAAACCUUUCAUGUUAUCAAUCUGUUAAAGCCUUUGCACAUCACAGUAGUUUUAAGUGCUGAAAAAAAAACCCGACUCUGAAUGGAAUCUACAACUAUAAAGGAUUUAAUCAGAUAUUUAGCCAAUAAAUUUAUAUUAAGUUACAGAAAAUUAUUUAUUGCGGGGAAUAAAUCUUACAAGUUUCAACAAUGUAUUCAAGAAUUAUUAUGUCCCUCUAUUAUGUCCUGAUGAUCUGGAAGAAAUGUAAGAUUGAUUGCAUCAGAAGUAUCUGAAGCCUUGGCACCUUAAAGAAGUUUCAGAGUCCAAAUCUCUAUAAAAUGAAGAAGAGUGAAAAGAAAGAUCAGGAGAGAAAGUGACAAGUCUUAAAAAGUAGCUAAGCAUUUGACCAAUGUCACAAGACAGUUUAUCUCAAAUGUGAUAAAAAAAAAUCAAGGCAGCAGUGAGAGCCCUCAAGGAAACAUGUAACUUGUUUGUCUGCUGGAGUCUAUGUCUCCCAUAAGGAGAGAAAGCUGUUUGCAGGCAUGAAGACCGACUUGUAUGAACAGCAUGGUGGUAUUCUGCUUCUCUGAAGCCUGUAAACUUCUGUUAGGAGGAUGUCAGGAAAUCCUGAGCCUUAAACAGAAGUCAUUCUAAGACUGCGGCAAUCAUGUCUUUGCAAAGAGCUGUAAGAGGUAUGGAAGAAAUAUCAAGGAGAGAGUUUUGGAUUUGAAAACCAAAGGAUCAAAAAUCUAGAGUGCAAUGCUCAGGGUGUACCUGAGGACAAGCUGGCUCCUACUCUACCCGCUGCAUCCACUUAGCUGUGGUGGCUCAACCCCUCCAGGUCUUCCACUUUCCUUAUUCUUGGCAACUUACAAUGUAGCUGCCAAUAAGAGCACUGUGCCCUUUCCCUGGCAGUCCCCACCCAUUCAUUAAUUCCUGUAACCUGCAUCCCUGGGAAGACAGGAUAUUCUAAAGAAUAUUUCUCCCUUUUGCUAACAUUUAGUGAAGCCAUGGACUGCAUGAAAUUCAAAUUUCCUGGGUAAUCACAUUCUCGGUAAAACUGAGUUUUCAAGAGCAGAAUGCUUCUCCUGAAGAAACAUUUGUAUAUUGUAGGAGAUAGAGGAUCUAAGAAUGCAGUAGGUUUGAGGGACAGCUGGAAAAUUGUUAGAGUGCUUGGAUGGAUUACUUACUUGGCAUAUCUCUUUUUCCUUCCACCUAAAUAUGUUUCUACCCCAAGGAUUGAAUGGUUGCUUCUAUCUUUGUCAUUGUUCCUAUUUAGUCACACUCAAUACAUACCAUGUUUCUAAUUUUCAUGAUA